AUGCUCAUACACCAGUUCUUUCUACCCUUCUUUCCCCAUUCCCUCUCCCCUUCUCCAUUCCGUGUCUUUCUUUUUCCAUUUCCAUUCUUUUUUUUUCCACGCUAUUUAUUUCUUCUUCGUAAUUUCAUAGAGUUCAGUUCUUCUUCUUCUUCUUCUUCUUCUUCUUCUUCUUCUUCUUCUUCUUCUUCUUCUUCUUCUUCUUUCUUUUCGUUCCUCGUUCAACCGUUUUGCGAAAAUUUUCUCACACACAAUUCCUGCCCCAGUUCGUCUCUCUGUAAGGCCAUACGUCAUCAUGUCGCCAAAUUCGAAACACCUCGCCUUACCCGCUCCUUAAACACCCUGUUAUAUGCACUUCAAAUAUCUACCCGUCAAACCAUCGCCAAUCUGUACUUUAGUCUAUCUCUCUUCUCUUCCUUCUCCCUUCAUCAUUCUUUCUUUUUCUCUUUCCUUUUCCUUUGUGCUUUGUUUUUCUUUCUUUCUUUCUUUCUUUCUUAUUUUCUGCUUUCUUUGUCUUUCAUUCUUUCUUUUUUCUUUCUGCUUUCUUUGAUUAUCUUUCUUUCUUGUUCACUUACCAACGACAAUUUUUCUUUCUUUCUUUCUUUCUUUCUUUCUUUCUUUCUUUCUUUCUUUCUUUCUUUCUUUCUUAUUUUCUGCCUUCUUUGUCUUUCAUUUUUUCUUUUUUUCUUUCUGCUUUCUUUGACUAUCUUUCUUUCUUGUGUUUUCUUUCUUUCUUUCUUUCUUUCUUAUUUUCUGCCUUCUUUGUCUUUCAUUUUUUCUUUUUUUCUUUCUGCUUUCUUUGACUAUCUUUUUUCUUGUGUUUUAUUUCUUUCUUUCUUUCUUUCUUUCUUUCUUUCUUUCUUUCUUUAUGUCUGUCUUUCUUUGUCCUUCUUUCUCUCUGCAUUUCUUUCUUACUUUUUUCUUUCUUUAUUUCUUCAACAUUUUAGUCACUUACCAACGACAAUUUUUCUUUCUUUCUUUCUUUCUUUCUUUCUUUCUUUCUUUCUUUCUUUCUUUUCAAAUGCUCUCCCUAUCGAUCACGUGGAGGUACCUAAUUUUAUGCUUUCUUUCUUUAAUCUUCAUUAUUUCUGUUUUUCCUUUCUUGUUGCCAAUUUCUUUUUUCAUUCGUUCUUUCUUUUCUCUCUCGACGAUUCCUUCUCUCUUUUUAGUUAUUGCCUCAGUAUUUGUAUAUUCUCUCUCUCGUAUUUUUCUUCUCUUUUUGUCUGCCUUUUCUUUUUUUUUGCUUUCUUUUCUUUUUCCUUUCUUUUGUUUUCCUUUCUUUUCUUUAUCCUUUCUUUUCUUUUCUUUUCCUUUCUUUUCUUUUCCUUCCGUUUCUUUCUUUGCUUUUCCUUUCUUUUCUUUUUCCUUUCUUUUAUUUACUUGAUUUUCUUUUUCCUUUCAUUUCUUUUCCUUUCUCUUUUUUCCUUUCUUUUUUUCCUUUCUUUUCUUAUCUUUCUUUUCAUUUCUUUUCUUUUCCUUUCUUUUAUUUUUCCUUUCUUUUCAUUUCCUUUUUCUUCUUAUCUUUUCCUUUCAUUUUUUUUACUUUCUCUUCUUUUCUUUCUUUUCUCUUUUCUUACUUUUCGUUUCCUUUCUUUUCUUUUACUUUCUCUUCAUUUCUUUACCUUAUUUUUCAUUUCUUUUCGUUUCUCUUCUUUCCUUUUCCUUUCUUUUCUUUUCCUUUCUUACCUUUUCUUUUCUUUUUACUUUCUUUUCUUUUCGUUUCCCUUUUUUCCUUUCUUUUCUUUUCCUUUCUUUUCUUUUUCCUUUUUCUUCUUUUCCUUUCUCUUCUUGUUCCUUUUCUUUCUUUUCUUUUUCAUUUCGUUUCUUUUCAUUUCCUUUCUUUUAUUUUCUUCCUUUUCUUUUGAUUUCUUUUUCCUAUUUUUUUUGCUUUCUUUCCUUUUCCUUUCUCUUCUUUUCCUUUUUUUCCUUUUCCUUUCUCUUCUUUUCCUUUCUCUUCUUUUCCUUUCUUUACUUUUUCCUUUCUUUUCCUUUUCGUUUCUUUUCUUUUUCCUUUCUCUUCUUUUCCUUUCUUUUCUUUUCCUUUCUUUUCUUUUUCCUUUCUUAACUUUUUCCUUUCUCUUCUUUUCCUUUCUCUUCUUUUCCUUUCUUUUCUUUUUCCUUUCUUUUCUUUUCCUUUCUCUUCUUUUCCUUUCUCUUCUUUUCUUUUCUUUUCCUUUUCGUUUCUUUUCUUUUUCCUUUCUCUUCUUUUCCUUUCUUUUCUUUUCCUUUCUUUUCUUUUUCCUUUCUUUUCUUUUUCCUUUCUCUUCUUUUCCUUUCUCUUCUUUUUCCUUUCUUUUCUUUUCCUUUCUCUUCUUUUCCUUUCUCUUCUUUUCUUUUCUUUUCGUUUCCUUUCUUUUCUUUCUUUUUCUUUUCAUUUCUUUUCUUUUCCGUUCUUUUCUUUUCCUUUCUUUUUUUCCUUUCCUUUCUUUUCUUUCUCCUUUCAUUUCCUUUUUCUUCUUUCUUUUCCUUUCUUCUCUUUUCUUUCUUCUUCCUUUCCUUUCCUUUCUUUUCAUCUACUUUCUUUUCUUUUCCUUCUUCUUCUUUUCUUUUCCAUUCUUUUCUUUUCCUUUCUCUUUUUUAUUUCUUUUUUCUUUCUUUUCUUUUCCUUUCUCUUCAUUUCUUUACCUUAUUAUUCGUUUCUUUUCCUUUUUCUUCUUUUCUUUUCCUUUAUUUUCGUUUCCUUUGUCUUUUUUCUUUUCUUUUCGUUUGCUUUCUUUUCUUUUCCUUUUUUCUUAUCUUUUCCUUUCUUCUCUUUUUCCUUUCCUUUGUUUUCUUUUUCCUUUCUUGUUCUUUCUUUUUUCCUUUCUCUUCUUUUAUUUUCGUUUCCUUUCUUUUCUUUUCCUUUUACUUCUUUUCUUUUCCUUUCUUUUCUUUUCGUGUCUCUUCUUUUCUUUUCUUUUCGUUUGCUUUUUCUUUUUCUUCUUUUCUUUUCUUUUCCUUUCAUUUCUUUUCCUUUCUUUUCUUUUUGCUUUAUUUUUUUCCUUUCCUUUACCUUUCUUUUCCUUUCCUUUCUUUUUUUAUUUCCUUUAUUUUCUUUUUGCUUUCUUUUCCUUUCCUUUCUUUUUUUUCCUUUCUCUUCUUUUCGUUUCUUUUCUUUUUCUUUCUUUUGUUUUCUUUCUUUUUCAUUUCAUUUCUUUUGUUUUCUUUCUUUUUCUUUUCAUUUAUUUUCUUUUCCUUUCUUUUCUUUUCCUUUCUUUCUUUUCCUUUCUUUUCUUUUUCUUUUCUUUUAUUUUCCAUUCUUUCCUUUUCAUUUCUUUUUUUUUACUUUCUUUUCUUUUCCUUUUUUAUUUCCUUUUUUUCUUUUGCUUUCUUUUCUUUUCUUUUCUUGUAUUUUCCCUUUCUUUUCUUUUCCUUCCAUUUCUUUACCUUUCCUUUCUUUUCUUUUUUCUUUUCUUUCUUUUUCUUUUCAUUUCUUUUCUUUUCCUUUCUUUUCUUUUCCUUUCUCUUCUUUUCUUUUCUUUUCGUUUGCUUUCUUUUCCUUUUUUCUUUUCAUUUCUUUUCCUUUCUUUUCUUUUUCCUUUCUUUUCCUUUCUUUCUUUUCCUUUCUUUUCUUUAUCCUUUCCUUUCUUUUCUAUUUCCCUUCUUUUCCUUUCUUUUCUUUUCCUUCCUUUUCUUUUCCUUUCUCUUCUUUUCUUUUCGUUUCCUUUCUUUUCUUUUCCUUUUUCUUCUUUUCUUUUCCUUUCUUUUCUUUCUUUUUCUUUUCCUUUCUUUUCUUUUCUUUCUUUUCAUUUCUUUUAUUUUCCUUUCUUUUCGUUUCUUUUUCCUUUCUUUUCCUUUCUUUUCUUUUCCUUUCCUUUCUUUUCUUUUUUCUUUUCUAUAAUUUUCCAUUCUUUUCUUUUCUGUUUCCUUUCUUUUCCUUUCUUUUUUUCAUUUCUUUUCUUUUCUUUCUUUUUCUUUUUCUUUCUCUUCUUUUCUUUUCAUUUCUUUUCUUUUCCUUUCUUUUCUUUUCUUUUCUUUUCCUUUCUUGUCUUUUCCCUUUCUUUUCUUUUCCUUUCUUUUCUUUUCCUUUUUUGUUUUAUCCCUUUCUUUUCUUUUCCUUUCUUUUCUUUUUCCUUUUUUGUUUUAUCCCUUUCUUUUCUUUUCCUUUCUUUUCUUUUUCCUUUUUUUUCUUUUCCUUUUUCUUUCUAUUUCGUCGUUCCUUCCUUGUCUUCUUUUUCCAUUGUUUUUCGUUCAUUCUUUCCAUCCUUAAUAACUUCCUUCCUUCCUUCUUUCCUUUCUUUCUUUCUUUCUUCUUUCCCUCCUUCCUUUCUUCCUCCGUUUUUUCUUUCCUCCCUUUCCUUACUUCCUUCCUUCCUUAGUUCCUUCCUUAGUUCCUUUCUUGUUUUCUUUUUCCAUUGUUUUUCUUUUAUUCUUUCCAUCCUUACUAACUUCCUUCCUUCUUUCCUUUCUUUCUUUCUUCUUUCCCUCCUCCCUUUCUUCCUCCCUUCUUUCUUUCCUCCUGUUUUUUCCUUCGUGCUUUCUUUCUUUUUUCCUUCUUUUUUCCUUAUUCGAUUUCUUUUUGCUCUUUUCAUCCAUUUCAUUCUUUCUUCGUCCUUUCUUUUUUGUCGACCAUUUUCUCUUUCGUCCUUCCUCAUGACCAAUUCUUUUAAGACUAUGAACGUAGCUUUCAUCUUUCUAGAAAGAUCUUCGUUUUUCUUGCUUUCUACAUCUAAUUUUUUUCUUUUCUUCCUUUUUUCUUUUUAUUUCUUUAUUUAUUUUCUUAUUUCUUUCUUUCGAUUUUUCUUUUUCGUCUUUCUUCUUUUUCUUUCUUUUUUACUUUCCUUCUUUUUCCCUUUUUUUUCGAUCAUUCUUUCAUCCUUCCUUCCUUUCUUCCUGUUUUUGUUUUCAUACUGA